AUGCCGGACCAACAGCAAUUCCAUGAAGCAGCAGGGCCCACAAGGACCAACAAGACAACGACGCGGCGGGCCGAGUUGGGAUCGGGACGGCGAGCAAGGUCGUUGAUCACCGAGGCCCAGAAGGCACACAAGACCGAUAUGAGAGCUGCCACGAUUGUCGCUCGACGUGCCGGGUACCUCCUAUAA